AUGGGUCAGACUGGUGCUUCUAAGGGGUUAGAUAUCAUUCUUUCUGGGGAAGAAGUGGGGCUGGCCACCAACGCUGUAGGAGAGGGAACUGGUGCAGUACUAAUGGAGUUGGCAACUCAGGAGUUGGUUAAUUCAGAUACUAUGGAGAAGGAGGCUUCAAUUCAACCAAAGACAACUGGGAGAGGAAAGGUUGGAGCUUCAUGGAAGAGGAAACAGCCAAAUUCAGGCAGAUUACUGAGAAUGUCUGAACAGCCAUCACAUAGUCAUAUGGCUAUUGAGAUGUCUAAAGGGGAGGUGCCUAUUAAAUCACAGAAGAGAAGUAGAGAGAGUGUAUUGUAUGAGGAGGGCAGUUGA